AUGUUAAGCGCCGGAAACGAAUUUAAAGAAGUGGUAUGCAGGCCUCUGAGAUACGAUGAGAUCUCAAAGGCAGUGGACGUCACAGAGGAAGCAUUUCGAGACAAUCCACUCGUCGACUAUCUGCAUAAUACACCCGAUGCAAGAGAUUCCCGACUGGUCAGAAUCGGGAGGAAGGCGGCCAGCAUGAUCCAGAGCUCCCACUAUGUGCGUAGUAAAGAAAUGUUGGGGAUCAAUGGAGGUGACGGUUCUGUCAUGUACCGCAGCCCGUUGACGUUGUUGUCUCAGCCACGCAGGGUGCUCGAGCGUACCUUACGCGUUAUCCUCAUGGCUAUCCUCAGUGUAUGUUUCAGAUUGAUCAACUCACGAGAGCAAUGGCAGCGAUUUCAGGAGACGAGAAAAAAGGGCGAUGCCGCAGCGAAAGACUCGAUUGGUGACCAAAUUGAGGACAUGUUUGCAAUUGACUUACUCGCAGUGGCACCGGAGAAACAAAGGAUCGGGUACGGCUCUGCGCUGGUGGGGGCUGUUACAGCGAAAGCCGAUGCACACUCCAAAGGUACAUGGCUGAUCACCAGACCUCCAACCGCGGGUUUCUACGAAAGGCUCAGUUUCACGGUGGUGGGCGAGUACACUUUGGGAGAGAGCAACCCUACGUGGACCAAGCCGCCAGUGGAGAUGGUCGUUAUGGUGAGAGAACCGAAAUUGUUGGACAUGUAUUCAAACCUGGAAAAGGGCUUUUGGAACUGA